UUUUCAGACAUACGUCAGUUCGACAAGAAUGAGAAUUUUCAAAUUUACCUUCUUGUUACUUACCAUCUUAAUGAUUCUCUCUGCUGUGGACGUAGCUGAAGGGAAUGUUCUCAAAACAAUUGGAAAAGGGCUAAUAAAAGUUGGAGAAGCAGUUAAAAAUCGUGCGGUAGAACAGGUCAAGAAAAUUCCGAAAGCUAUCAAGCAAGUUCGUCAAGUGUUCGAAAUUACCGGUGCACUAGGACUGCCUUAAGAUGUUUCGUGCUCGAUUGUCGAUAAACCUUGGCA